AAGUGGCGUCACCGGGGAGGGACGCGCUGGAAGCGGAAGCGGCCGUUGUGCCGCGCGGCGGCAGAUUUGGGUGUUUGGAGCAGGCGAGCGGCUCCGGCCGCGGAAAGCGUCGGGGACAGUAUUAUAAUAUAACUACCUCGUAAUCUGAAAGAGCAGUGUUUGGAAGAAUGACAACGGGAGACCUAAAAGGAAGUUUAAGAAAAAUAGAACAAGGACUUCGCAUGUUAAAUUAUCCAAGAGAUGUGGAUUAUACAGUGUUAGCGAAGGGUGAUCCAGCUGCAUUUUUACCCAUAAUUAGCUAUUCCUUUACAUCGUUCUCAACUUACAUCGCAGAACUUCUGGUGAAAUGUGAUGUGGAACUUACAGCAAAGAGUGACUUGCGCUUUAUUGAAGCUAUUUAUAAGCUUCUCCGAGAUCAAUUUCACUAUAAACCAAUCCUAACAAAAGAGCAGUUUCUUCAGUUUGGUUUUGCAGAAAGAAAAAUGCAGAUUGUUUGUGACAUUAUCAACUGCGUGGUGAAAAAACAUAAGGAAUUAAGUAACCUGAAUAAGGUUAAAUCCCAAGCAAGAAAGAAAUUCAGACCUUCAAAACGUGAAAUAUGGUCAAACUGUGGUGAUGUUCUUGUUGAUCUCAGUGGCAGCACUCUGAAUUCCAAACAGCAUGCUCAAAAGGUGCCUCUUGUAGAACGACACUCAGGAGAUGAAGUUAGGGAUGACCUUCCUCUUGCACCUAUUAAUCCAACACCCCUUAAUCCACCAUCUCUUCCAGAAGAGGGAGGUAAUGAAGAAGAGUUGUACUUAGAUGAUGAUGUUGUGGAAGAACAAGUCGUAGAGGACAAUUCUCAAAUGGAGUUCCUAAGGAGUCAACUUGCUGAUUGCCAGGAAAAGCUUAAUAAGCUGGACUGGAUGGAAGAUAAAUUACGUGUUUUGGAAGAGAAACUGAAAGGGAAGGUGAUUAUAGAUGAGAAGGACUGGAAUAAUUUGUUGAGCAGAGUUUUGCUUCUUGAAACAGAACUGUUGCUGCAGUCCAAAAAGAGAGACUUAUCUGCAGAGUUCAACAGUGUAAGUCAAGAUGAUACUUCCAGUAUAAUUCCAGUCUCUCCUGAUGCAGAAAAGAAGGAGGAGAUGGCGGAGUGUCCUCGUCAGUCAUCUGGAUACAGUUCAUCAUUAUCCACAGUCUCAUCUCCCAAAGCCAUGAUAAUCAGUUCUCAUUAUCUGACAGAGAUUUCAAAGGAGACAACAAGACAAAGAAUGGAAAGGAUAAGUAAAAUCAUUGAAGAAACCUCAGAAUUGUUGAAAACCUCAAGUAACACCUCUGAAAAGGCCUGAAAGAGCGGCUCUUCAGGCCUGUUCCCUGUAGAUGUAUGGAUAUAAAAAGUAAUAUGUAUGUUUGUACAACAUUAAAUUUUCAAUAUAUCAAAUUUGUAAUGUUCACUGUUUUUUAUAUUCUUUGAGUAAAUAUCUUUGAAUGCAUCUGUGUAUUUAUGAUCUUUUUUUUAAAAUUUACCUCACUGACUUUAACUUUGUAAAACUGUUGAAAUAGCUUCUCCCUCUUUCGUUUUGUAGAACAAAAUCAUCACAGCAGUGCAUUUUUGUGUUGACAUUUGUUAGCAGUGUGCUAAGUAGUGUGUUUUUUAAAGCAUGGGCUCGAGGACUAUGGUUUACAUCCUGUUGGAAACACUCCAGCUGGUACUUACAUAUUGUACCCAAGAGGCUUUAUUACGUACUAUCUUGCUAUUUGUGCUGUUGAAUAAGUUUUAAUGAAAGCACACUUUUAAAUACAUACCUUUUUUAAUAUAAAUUUUUGUAUGCACCUAGAGAGCACCAAUGCAUUAUGGCUUCCAUUAACACAAACAUAGUGUGAGUCAGUUUGAUCUUAAACAUUAAAAUGUGUGAGUAAGUCCACAGACUACAAGAGAUGUGUUGAGUGUUUUAGUACUCUUACCCAACACGUUUUAAGACUAGCAGCACAGAUGGAGACCAUCCAGUAUACAAAGAUGCACAAGACUUUUAUGGUUUGAAGCUGCAUUAAAAUUUCUCUUUAGCAAUGUAAGAUGCAAGACUUUCAUAAACAUAUAAUCAAACAAAAAUAUGUUGAGUGUGACAAGAUUUAUUUCCCUUUGUAAAUUAGUGGCCUAUCAUAUCAGUAUUUCUUUGUGCUAUAAUGCCCUCUUUACAUAAAAGAUUUUGGGAGUUUGAUUCAUAAAAUCAGUGUUUUGUUUUGUUGUUUUUUUUUUAUAACAGUUUGCAAAUGAAGGAGAAAACCCAGCUGUUCCAUGUUAUGCUGUAGAAAGUAAUUUGUAUUUUAACAGUAAUGAUUUUUUUUUUCUGUAAUCAUACAGAAUUUCAAUUUAUUUUACAUACAAACAAGUACAUAGCUUGAUCAAACGUGCUGUAUAAACUUAAUCAAGGAUUUUUGGAAUUUUUCAUUAGAACUUUCCAUUUUCAAUAUAUUUGUUUCCAGAAAAUAAAAGAACUUAGAGAG